UAUGUGAACAUGAUCAAUUUAGGGAUCAUGUUAUUCAUUGCUGCUACUUUGAACUUCAAACUGUGUUUUAGUGCAUGUGCUCGUGCUGAAUAUGAGAUACAUGGAGAAUGCUGCCCCAUGUGUGCACCAGGAAACCGUGUUUAUUGGCAUUGUACUGUAGACACAAGCACAACUUGUGUUCCAUGCCCUGCAUCAACUUACAUUGAUGAACCCAAUGGGUUGGAUAAAUGCAGUCCCUGCUCUGUGUGUGAUGCAGGACUAGGUCUAAGAAUAAAGAAAACUUGCACACGCUCUGCAGAUACUAUUUGUGAGCCAUUGGAGGGAUUCUACUGCACUGAGCGAAAGAAAGACAGCUGUAGAUUUGCUGUGAAGCACUCUGAAUGUUACCCUGGACAAUAUGUCAAACAAACAGGAACAGCAUUUACUGAUACUGUAUGUGCUAACUGCAUGGAAGGGACUUACUCUAAUGGCUCUUUCACUGCCUGUCAACCACAUUCAAAUUGUGAGAUUAAAGGCCUUAAAGAAAUAAAACCAGGAACAAUGACAUCUGAUGUGGAAUGUGGGAAGUCAGUUCCAAUUAUUAUCAUUGUUGGAGUCGUUGUCGGAGUCAUUGUUGGUGUUUUGGUGACAGCUGUUGGGAUAAAAAUAUAUUGCAAAUUCAAACAGAAGAGACAGGCUUCUGACAGAAGUAUACAUUUUUGCUCAGUUCCAAUACCAGAGAGUGAUGGUCAGUGUGAACCAAGAGAAGAGCAACUCUUCCAUGAACUUCUGAUGCUGACCCAGAGGAUGUAG